CCUCUUACAUCUCAGACUAUGGCUAUGACAUGGCAGCCCAUGGGGCCCACGUUGAUAUCCUGUAUCAGACGCAGGGCCGCCCUCGCCUCUUUGCCUUCUAGACUUGCCUUCCUUCUCUCGCUGUCUUUCUCUCUCUCUCUCGAGACUCGCUGUGCAUCUUCAUACUCCCGUCUGAAUGACCCCCUCAUGAAUGACCAAUGGAUGACCCACGGAAAAUUGCCCCAUGAUCAGGGCCUCGUCCCUCCUUCCAACGUGCUCACCCCCCAUUCCCCAGCGACGUCGUCCCUGGGAUUCAAUUCCCUCUCGGAGAAACAGGCACAGGAAAUAUAUAGUCUACAGUACCUCUGUGUGCGUAUGUUGUCUAUAGACCGUGUUCAACAAGGUUAUGCCCAUAAAGAAAAGAGAGCUGGCGACUAGGGUUUUAAUAAAAAAAAAAAAAAA